UUGAGCAAACCCGUCGUGGACGAACACUCUCCAUAUCCUCCCCUCCUCGCCGCUCGUCGUCAAGAUGUUCUUCUGUUCCAUCUCUGGCGAGCCACCGCAAGACCCUGUUGUCUCGCAAAAGUCUGGCCAUGUCUACGAGCGGAGGCUGAUCCUCAAAUACAUCACGGAGAACGGCACAGACCCUAUUACUGGAGACAAGUUGGAGGAAUCUGACCUUAUCACCGUCAAAGCUAACCCGAAGACUGCUGCUCCGCGUCCACCAUCUGCCACUUCCAUCCCGGCUCUCCUCCACACCCUCCAAAAUGAGUGGGACGCUCUCAUGCUCGAGACCUUCACGCUCAAACAGCAGUACAACUCCCUUCGUCAGGAGCUGAGCUAUGCUCUGUAUGCUCAGGACGCCGCGACGCGCGUAGUUGCGCGUAUGAUUCGCGAGCGUGAUGCGGCAAGAGAAGCCCUUGCAAGUGUGUCGGCGACAAUGGGCGUCGCACCGGCAGGAAAUGGAGGAGACGUGGAGAUGGCAGAGGCAGAGGGUGAAGCAGGGGGUCUCCCUGAAGAGGUCUCAAAGAAAAUCGAGGAGACGCACCAGACACUGUCCGCCCAGCGCAAGAAGCGCAAGCCUCCUACUGGCUAUGUCACUCCGGCCGAAGUCAAGACCUUUACCGCGAAACACGCCGUUCCUUCCCUGCACUCGCCCUCGCCCGCUGGUAUCACUGCCUUGGCCGUGUCGACGGCCAACCCGUCGCAGUUCCUCACGGGCGGCAACGACAAGAUUGUGCAGCUCUACGAUCGCAGCACUGACAAGGUCCUCGCAUCCCUCCCCGGCCACCAGAAGAAAGUUACGCACGUUGCGUUCCGCGAAGCUGUCAGCGAGAGCGAGCCGACGCUGCUCCUCUCUGCCAGCACUGACAAGACCGCGAGGGCUUGGGCGCUCGACUCAGUGUCUGGCGAGUACAAGACUAGGGCGGUCAUUCGCACGCACAAGGGCGAUGUAACAGGCCUCGCAGUGCACCCUACGAACACUCUCGUGGCGCUGGCGUCUACCGACCGCACUUAUUCUCUGCAUGACUUGACGAGCGGCUCGCUCGUGUAUCGCUCGGCCCCCGCAGAAGAGUCGUUCACAGCUCUGAGCGUGCAUCCAGACGGCACACUCCUUGCCGUGGGCACCCCUGCCUCCACGAUCCAGGUCUACGAUAUCCGCUCGGGUGCUGUUGCCGCGUCUUUAUCGCCUCCCGAGAGCACGCCAUUCACCGUCAAGACUCUCAGUUUCUCCGAGAACGGUUACCAUAUGCUUGCGCCAGACUCGCUCUCUUCUGUCGCGAUCUGGGACUUGCGUAAGCCCAAGAUCUCCCACUCCAUCGCGCUCGGCGAGGGCUUCAAGGUCAACAAGGUGACCUACGACAUAAGCGCCCAGCUUCUGGGUGUUGCUGGGAGCGAGGGCGCACGCAUCUUUGCGCACAAGUCCUGGGAGGAGCUCGCUCGCUUCGAGGAGGGCGGCGAGGUUGCAGACUUCGUGUUCGGCGCCGAGGGCAAGGAGCUCUGGGGCGCGACUGGCAGGGAGGUCAGGAUAUGGGGUCUGCCCGCAUAAAUUGUGUUGCAGUUCAUGCUCUGUACCUAUCUGUACCUGUUCUAUUCUUGCUCAAAACGAAGAGCUCCUGCUCGCUCGUGCGUAUGUCGUAUUGUUGUCUGCUCUUAGCCUAUCGACGUCAACCACUGUUUCUCCGUCGGCCGGCAUCGAACGCGGAACGCUCCUCUCUUCGGUUGUCCGAGAGGAACAAACUC